AUGACUCGGCCAUCCAAAGGAAGCAAUCUCUACCUAACAGCACUGCUGUGUCUCUCAGCCCAGUCCCACGCCGUAGGGCUCAAUGACUUACUGGAAAGAGCGUCUCAGCUAUCAGACAAGCUUCACUCUCUCAGCACAUCCCUGACAAAUGACCUGGACACCCAUUUCUCUCCAAUGGGAAAGAUGAUUAUGCCUCGCCCAUCUAUGUGCCACACCUCAUCCCUGCAAACUCCCAAUGACAAGGACCAAGCACUCAAAGUGCCGGAACCAGAGCUGCUCUCCCUCGUUCGCUCCCUCCUUCAGUCCUGGAAUGAUCCCCUGCUCCUGCUGUCCUCGGAGGCCCCCACUCUGCCCCACCCCUCCAAUGCUGUUAUCUACAGCAAAACCAGAGAACUGCAGGAGAAUUCUCACAGCCUGAAUGCUGGGCUGGAGAGACUGAUGCACAGGAUGGGUGCUUCCUCUCAGUCUCUUGCCCCUCAGCCCUUCAGAGGAGGUGACCUCGGCAACGACAAGAACUCCCGCCUCAUCAACUUCCACUUCCUACUGUCCUGUUUCCGAAGGGACUCCCAUAAAAUUGACAGCUUCCUCAAGGUUCUUCGUUGCCGGGCAGCCAAACUGCGACCAGAGCUGUGCUAG